GAUAAGCAAAAAUUACAAAAGUAUUGCCCUAAGGACUGAAGCACAGAAGUAGUAAGCAUAAGGGGUUUCUAACAACUACCCAAAAUAGAAAGGCAAAGAUUCAAUUUUUUUGGAUCUUACAUCUUCUUGCUUUGAUUACUAUUGGUGUUGUAUGAUGCCUCCUAAAAUUACCGAUCUACCUGAGAAUGCUAUCAAUGCCAUUCUGAUGUCUUUGCCUUUGCGAGAUGCCGUGAGGACAAGCAUCUUAUCAAAGAAAUGGAGGUACAAGUGGUGCAAACUUCCAGAGUUGACACUUGAUGAUAAACUUUGGAAGACGACAGAUAACUUACCAUCCCCUUCUAUUAGGUUUACAACCAUCAUGUACAACAUUUUGACCCUUCAUUCAGGACCACUUACUAAGUUUACCCUCUCUAUGUCUGAACUGAAAAAGUAUCCAAAGAUCGACAGCUUGAUACAUUUCCUCUCUAGGAAUGGCAUUCAGCAUCUUGUUCUUCAAUUUUCGAAGUGGAACCGAUACAAACUGCCUUCUUCAUUUUUCACGCGUUCGCAGUUGAGGCAUUUGACCCUCCAAAAUUGUCUAAUAUGUCCUCCACCAGCCUUCGAAGGUUUCAAUAUGUUAAUUAGUCUGGAACUGUGUCAUGUUUCAAUUUCUUCUGAAGCACUAGAAAAUUUAAUCUCUUCAAGCCCAUUACUUGAGAAUUUAGUGCUGAAAAUGUCAGAUAAUUCGAACCACAUCCAAAUUAAAGCUCCCAAGUUGAGAUCCUUCGAGUUCACAGGCUGUAUAAAAUUUAUCUCCUUAAAAAACGUUCCGCAACUUGCUAAACUCUCUCUUUUGUGUGGAGAAUCUUUUGAGGAAUCAGAAAAAUGUGAUCUUGACAAAUUUUUUCAGUCACAUCCUGCUCUUGAGCAUCUCCACUUGGAAUAUGGAAGUGCCCAGUUCUUGGUUGCUGAAGCACCAACAAGGCUUUCCUCUGCUCUUAACUAUCUUAAACAUCUUUACGUAUCUCUGGAUGAAUUAAAUGAUCUUUCCUGCGCUCUUUGCUUGAUACGAAGCUCCCCAUGUUUACAAGAUCUUGAAGUGGAGGUAUCUAUGGAAGAAUCGGAUGACAAAGUUGACGAAGUUUCUGCAAGCUUCUCAGAUGUAGGAUUGAAUCAAGUUAAGACGGUUAAGAUUGCAGGAAUAAUUGGCACCAAGCUUGAGAUGGAGCUUAUCAAGCUUCUAUUGGCCAAAUCUCCGAUGCUGGUGAGAAUGAUCAUCCAGCCCGACCAAUUGUUGGUAGACAAAGAAAAAGGUGUCAAGAUACUUGCAGAGUUAUCAACAUUUCAGCGGGCAUCACGUAAAGCUGAAGUUGAAUGUCAGCUAGAAUGAGUCAGGAUGUAGUAGUAUAUGCUUGUUUUUGCCUAAGUUAUCUAAUCAGUGGUUGUUUAUUUUCAAUGUUAUCUGGGGUGAAUUGGUUCUCCACUUUUUGUGUAAUGACUCAGCUUUGGGUGAUACCCCUAGUUUACAUAGGUUUGUUAGCCACCAUAGCGCGAGUUAUGCGCCUUCUGCUUACGUUUGUUAGCUACCAUAGCGCGAGUUAUGUGCCUUCUGCUCCUUGUACUAAGGUUUGUGUGAACUUAAUAUUAGUAAUGUUCCUUUCAGGAGGGAAUGCACUUCUCAUGCUCCCUUGUUGAAGAACUAAAAGACUUUUAACCUUUUUAAUCUACAGUGUUAUGCAGCUUCUUUAGUA